AGGACUUUCUGCAAAGUUUGGAUGCAUUCACCGGAGCGAACGGAUGACUGAAAAAAACAAAAACCACUGUCUGACAAGACUGCAGCUUUGCGUUUCUGCCACAGCUCUCAUUUACGUUUCAGCAUGGGAGACUUGACUGAAUUCCUGAAACAAAGAGAAGUCUCUGAGGAAAUUAUACAGACCUUGGAGAAUGAGAAGAUUGAUGCCAGUGUCAUAAGUCUAAUGACAGAUGAGGAGCUGAAGACUUAUUUGCCAUCAUAUGGUGAUCGUCUAGCAGUAUUUGGAUUUUGCAGACGGAGGGGCAGCAGCCGCAAGUCAGCGCUUUUUGAACGGCUGAAAUCCAAAGUGUCCAAAAGAAAAUUAUCUGAAGAGGAUGGCAGUAGCACACGGCAAGAAGAACAUUCCCAAACAACCCAUAAAAGAAAUGCUCUGAAGAGAAAUAGAAAAAUAGAAAUAGGAUGGAUGCAUUAUGAUGAAGACACUGAGGUUUUCAAGCAGGUUAGAACUAGACGAGGAGGAGGAACAAGAAAAAUAGACAUUUGCAAGGAUGCCAAGAAAAGGGACAUAUUACAGGUUGCAACAGGCCUGUUCUUUCCAGAUGGAGGAAACAUUCAGGGGCCCUUAACAGAUUUUGACUGUGAUCUGAAGGAUUAUCAAGAGAUGAUAGUCGAUGAUGCAUUGACAGUAGGAGAACUUUAUCAUGUCACAAAACUAAAUAUCCGCAGGUUCUACCUCACCACAAAGAAAAAACAAAAUGACAGCCUUCAGAGUUCCAGCCCGAGUUUGCAUCCAUCUUCAGAAAUUGAAGAGAGUCCUCAAAACCAAACCUCUUCUUUUACUGUCACUACAGUCCAAACAUCUGCUCCAUUUGAAACGGUCAGCCAUGAUGUGACAUACAUUGAAGACACUCCAAACGAUAACCUUCCACAAUCUUCCACGCAGUCUCUAAGUGCUAACACUUCUCACAGCAGUGACAUUAUUUUUGUUGGCCCCUUUUCUGACAGUGAGCCAAUAAAUUUGGAUGACACCCUGAUUUUUUCUCCACACCCUGGUCCAUCCAGUGAGAGAGUGAGGAGAGUAGUGGUGGUCCACAGAGGGCAGGUAAUGUCAGAGCUCAUUUCACAUUUUAGUGAUAAGGACCUUGAAGAUGUCGACAUCAAAAUCCAGAUCGUACUGCCUGAUGGAACACCUGAAAUGGCCCAUGACGAUGGGGGAGUUGUGAGAGAUUGUCUUUCAGAAUUCUGGAAAGAAUUCUAUGACCAGUGCACCACUGGAAAUGUUUACAAAGUGCCCUUCUUAAGGCAUGAUUUUGGGCAACAGGAGUGGGAGAGUGUGGGCAGAAUCAUUGCAUUUGGAUGGGUUAGAGAGAAAUAUCUGCCUGUGAAAAUUGCACCUGCCAUUCUAGAACAAGCUGCCUUUGGAUAUGUAAAGAGUGAUAUUGUGGAGGAUUUCCUUAAGUUCAUGCCUGAAUCUGAGCGUACAGUGUUAGAGGCGUGGCGAUCAGACUUUAGCAUCGUGGACCAAGAAGAUAACCACAGCUGCAGAAAUAUACCAACAGCCUACAAUGCCACUGAAGUCCUAUUGGAGCUUGCACACAAAACACUUGUCCAAGAGCCUGCCUGCUUGGCCUCCACCUCCAUCCCAAAGAAGAGGAUUCAGGCACUGGCUAGUCAGUAG